CGUCGAUACCAAGGGGGCCUUGACUGAGGAACGGACGAUCUUUUCUUGCCUUAUCUGUGAGGUAAAUGAAUUCGUGCCUCACUAAGGAUGUGUAGCAUUGUGUAGCCAAGCUUCCUGCUUCAACAUUCGAGUAUUUCCUGUGUUUUUCCCUCUCCUACAUGCAGACGACGUUAAACAGACCAGCGUUGCUGUAUUUUCACCAAAAUUUUAAUUUUAGGCAGUGUUCUCAAAAAUGGCAGGUCAUUCUGAUUACAUCAACUACUACAUAGGAGAUGCGAUCGUGUGACUGACAAACAAUAUACAUUACGAGGAGGAAUCCUCAAUGGCAAUGUGGCUUUAAAGAGGUGUUUUUUCGCUGAAUGUUUGAUCUUUUUGAUUAGUCAUCAGCGCAUAGCUCAACAAAACUCCUUGCUACAAGCCGUGACCUCAUUUGUCAAGAAACCGGACAGGGUGAAAAAUAGUUCGGUGAAGGGGGACCGGUCUUGGAAACUUCGCUAUUUGGCGCCUAAAACAAACGAAGGAACGAAACACCGAUCUAGGACAGAAGCUUAGUUUGCGACCACAACAGACUUCAUAGCUGAAACUCCACACAAUGGGCUAUAUACUGUUGUAACCUAGCACACCGGUGUUGUGGUAAAUACUUGGCUUGGAGAAUUCCUGUAUCAUGGGGGAAAGAAGCCACCACAUGAUACUGAAACGGUCCGGAAGCGGAGCUAAAGACGUCAGGAAGCUAAACAGGGCGAGAGUCGUGGUGUUAGGGCAUCCUGGAUGCGGAAAAACAGCCCUGUGUGUGAGGUUCCUGACCAGACGAUAUAUAGGAGAGUAUCAGCCUAAUACAGAGUCGACCUACACGACAGAUACUGUGGUAGACGGAGAAACCAUCCACUUAGAGAUACUCGACACAGCGAGAAAGCAUCAAAACGAAAAGGCGAGUCUGGAGGCUUCCAUCAAGUGGGGAGAUGGCUUCAUCAUCAUGUACUCGGUCACGGACAGGGAGAGUUUCUCGGCCGUCAAGCGGAUCAAGAGGCUGAUAGACGCCGCUAAGGAGACCCUGGGCAUCCCAGUGAUUAUCGUGGCCAACAAGCGGGACCUGGACCGGAGCAGGACCGUCCGGUGUGCCGAGGGGCAGGAGCUGGCCGGGGAACUAUCAUGUCCUUUCUUUGAGAUUUCCGUGGCGGAUGGAUACGACAGCGUGGCCAGUGUGUUCAGCAGAUUAAUCCGCGAGGUGAAGUGUGAGUUCCUGAAGCAUCUGGAAGCCAUGGAGAAACGCUCCAAGAUUCUCAACAUGAGGAACGUUCUCUUCCGGCGCAGGCGCAGUAAGACGCAGUGAUGACGUCACUAUUUUCCGUGACGUCAUAACAGUGAUGACGUCACUAGUUUCCGUGACGUCAUUAGUGGGUGUUUCCAGCGUACGGAUACCCGGAAGUGAGGCUCAGGCAAAAACACAAUUUCCACAAAAGAACACACCACUUCCUACGCUUUUUAUCCAUUUGAAAUUUCGCAGUAAAUAACAAGAAAUGUAAACUCUAGACCCUCGAAACCCUUUCGCGCACUACCACUGGAAGAACUGGGGUGUGCACCAUG